UAAAGGAUAGAAGAAGAAGCCCUGUCAGUAAACAUGGCGGCGUCUCUGCUGUGCAGGAGGACAGUAUCGGUUUAUUUUAGGCUUUCUUCAUGUAAACCUGCUCUUCAUCCUAGUCUACAGUGUGGUUUUCUGUUACAGACAGCUUCGUACAACCCCAAACCACUAAAACUUAACCUCAGAAAUCCGUACAUCCCCGACAAGGACAGCGAGAGGACGCCGGAAUGGCAGAAGACGGCGCAGUACGACCGGAAACUGUACGGUCGGUACGGAUCCGCGUCCGGCGUCGACCCUGCUUCUCUGUGGCCCUCUCACGAGGAGCUGGAUAGAAUUAUUGCAGAAGAAAAAGAAUGGCAACCUUCACUGGAGGUGAUGCUGAAGAAUAUAGAAGCCCGAGAGAAAGAAGAGGCAGAGAAGAGGCGGGAAAAAGAGAAAAUCAUUGCAGCAAAUAUGGCCAAAAUGCCCAAGAUGGUGGCCGACUGGCGGCGGGAAAAGCGGGAGGCCAAGCAGAAACUGAAGGAGGAGAAGGCGCGCCGAGAGAAGCUUCUUGCUGAGGCCAGGGAGCGCUUCGGGUCCUCCGUGGACCCCCGCAGCCCCAAGUUCCUGGAGAUGGUGGCAGAGAUAGAGAAGGAAGAGAAAAAGAAGAGGAAGCUGCUGAAGCGGAGACUGAGAGAGGAGCAGGCGGCGGGCGCAGGUCCAACUCCUGCUGCCUCGUCGUAGUCUGCACUGACUUUAGCCGCAGUUAAAUACGAUUCACCUGUUGGACUGGAAUCCUGAAGGAAAAUAUCCACUCUUAUUCAAACAUAUUUAUCAAAUCUAAAGAGUCCAGAUCAAACGGUUUAGAUCUGGAAAACCGUCAUAGUUCUCUUCAUAAGAGACUUCAGAGAAAUAAACAAAUGUUCUUUAUCUUUGUGUUUACUUUUCUGGUUUGUUGCAUUUCGAACAUUUAAAAGUUUUAAAAAUAAAAUGUUUUCAACACA